UACUUUAUCAGAGUGGCAACAUUUAAUAGUAAAUAUAAACAAAAGCAGACGGAAUUACAUUUUCUUUUUAUUCAAUUUAAAAAUCGAUUCUUCUAAAUUUAUGCAAAUGUGGAUUUUCGGAUAUGGCUCGCUUAUGUGGAAAACUAAUUUUCCGUACGAAAAACGAGAAGUUGGUUACAUUAAGGGAUUUAUAAGAAGAUUUUGGCAAGGAAGCGAAGAUCAUCGAGGAGUUCCUGGAGCACCUGGUCGAGUAGUUACAAUUAUUCAAUCAUCUAAUCAAAAGGAUCAAGUGUAUGGAAUUGCUUACAAAAUUGCUGAGAAAGACAUCUCCUUUGUAAAAGAUUAUUUAGAUUAUAGAGAAAAGGAUGGAUAUCAGCAGAAAACAGUUACUUUUUAUCCAUGUGAUGAAGAUUUGAAGCCCUUUAAUUUAUCAAUAUAUAUUGGUGAUACUAAUAAUCCUUUCUAUUUGGGUCCAGCUCCUUUAAAUGUUAUUGCAAAGCAAAUCUCUAAAUCUGAAGGUCCAAGUGGUAGGAAUGAUGAAUAUCUUUUCCAAUUAGCAGAAACAAUGAAAAAACUUUUACCUAAUGUUUAUGAUGAUCAUCUUUAUGAACUAGAAGCUUUAGUAAAAGAAAUGAGGGAAAUAGAGAGAAAUUUGUGUGUAAAUAAGAUUUAAGUAUUACUUUAAAUAGGAAUGGAACUAUAUUUAUUUUAUUAAACUAUUUAAUUCAUUUUUCAUGUAAA